UCUAUCUUUUCCAAAGUGCGAAAACAAAAGGAAGACAUGCAAGUAAAUGUCGCUGGUUUGCGUCGCAACAUUAAAAACCUCGCGCACAAUUACUCGGAUGCGCAGGUUAAAGUACGCGAGGCCACGUCCAAUGACCCUUGGGGGCCAUCGGCCACGAUAAUGGCAGAAAUCGCUGAUCUUACGUACAAUGUGGUUGCCUUCUCGGAGAUUAUGCAAAUGAUUUGGAAGCGGCUAAAUGAUCAUGGCAAGAAUUGGCGACAUGUUUACAAGGCACUAAUUCUACUGGAAUACUUGAUAAAAACCGGCACAGAAAAGGUGGCGCAGCAGUGCAAAGAGAAUAUUUUUGCCAUACAAACACUCCGUGAAUUUGUCUACUUCGAAGAGGGUAAAGACCAAGGUACGCAUGUACGCGAAAAAGCCAAACAGUUGGUAAAUUUGCUGAAAGACGACGAACGCUUAAAGAACGAACGCGUGAAAGCGUUGAAGGCGAAAGAACGCUUCGCGCAACAUCCCAGUGGUUUUGGCAGUGACGGCUAUAUAGAUGGGCCGACACAUCGUGAUAUGCCACCCGGUUGGCAGGAGGAACCGACGAAGCCUGUGUCAGAAUUGGAGCUGGUGCGUCCGCAAACAGCUGGCGAAGAAGAGCUGCAGUUGCAGCUAGCUAUGGCCAUGUCUCGCGAAGAAGCAGAACAGGAGGAGGCGAAGCGACGCAGUGAUGAUGUGCGUUUACAACUUGCGCUUAGCCAAAGCGAACAGGAUUUCAAAGGUCAAACGGUUAAGCCUACGGCUAAAAAAGAAGAGCCACAAUCACAUUUAUUAGAUUUGCUGGACAUUUCUUUGGGCGCCACAAGCAUUUCAAGUCCACCGCUAGGCGCUACAGGCGGCAAUGGCGAACCAUGGGGCACGCCGGCACGCGCUGCAAGCCAGCUAUCGGAUCCUUGGUCGGGCACUUCAUCGCCACAAAUUGAUCCUUGGCAACCGGCAGCGUCUAUGCGUACUGCCACCGCUUCAGCACCACUAGGCGCAGUUGGUGGAAUUGGUAGCAACGGUGGCGAGGCCUGGGGUCUAACACGCACACAAUCGCCGUCCGUAGCAUCUGGUUCAUCGACUGAGGGUUGGCUGCAAAGCAAUGGCGGUGGUGCUGCUGGUGGCGCUGCCGUAUUGAAUGGCAACUCUAUUGGGCCCGGUGCGAUUGGAGGCGUCGAUCCUUGGCUGUCUAAAAGUGGCGCUCUGGGUGGAGGUGCAGCAGCUGGUGUGGAAAAAGUUGAGCCGGUGGAUGCAUGGUUGGCAGAAAAUGUGAAGCCAGUGACCAUUGCGCCGUUAGCGGCAGCACCAACAGCCGAUCCGUGGGCACCUAAGGUGGGUGCAGCGAGCAAUGAUGAUCCAUGGAAAACUAGUGAAACGAGUGCGGCAAAGAAACCAUCACCUGAUUUGGAUGAAUUCGAUAUAAUAACCAAUCGCAAUAAGACUGGAGAUUUAUUAACUAAUAGUAUGACAAGUGCUUCUAACAAUAAUAAUGCAUCACUACUCGAUGAAAUGGAUCCUCUAUCAGCAACGAAUUCAUCGCUCAAUACAGCCUCAACGAAUACGAAAAAACAACUGAAAACACCACAGUCAUUCUUAGGUGAAAAUUCGUCAUUAGUUAACUUGGAUAAUCUUAUAAAGCCCGUGCAAACACAACCGCAAGUAGGCAAUGCCGCCUACAAUCCAUUUAGCGAUACUGUUAUACCACCAAAAACAAAUUUAUUCCAGCAACAACAGCCUGCGGUACCGUCCAUUAAUCAACUAAAGCAACAGCAGCCUUUCGCUAUGACUAUGAAUCAAGAUCCUUGGGCGCCAGUUAACAAUUCCACUAAUGUGUCACAGCCCUCCAGAAACUUCUUUACUGAAUAUGAUCGUGACGAGUUCGCAAGUUUUCUAAGCAUCAACGAGUUUAACGACAAUAAUAAUAGCAAGCAUAUCAACAAUAGCUACAAUAAUAACAACAACAGCAGCGGCAACAAGCAAUCAUUGCAAUAUUCAAAAAGUGAUUAUGACGUCUUCAAUACUACCUUCGGCACAGCUUCAAAUGAUUUCUUUAUAUACAACAACAGCAAUAACAGCAAGCAUAAUCACCAAAACGAUGGACCACAUCAAUUCCAAACGCAAGUGCAAGUUCACAGUCAAAGUGUUGAUAAUAUACGCAACAUGCAAAUUGCCAGCGACAGUGACACAGAACUCUAUGAUUGUGCGUCAAAUACGACACUCGGCCAACAAGUGGCCAGCACGAAUAGCACAUUUAAAAACACCACCAACAAGAGCACCACCGCCACCACGGCUAUUAACACUUUGGCCUUCCAGCCACCAUUCGCUCCAGCCAAUAGUAAAUUUGAAACCUUUGCCGAUUUCAACACCACGAUAAAUCAAGAUUAUGAUCCUCUUAGUGAUGCCUUCAACAAUAACAGCAACAAUACUGUACCAAACUGUUCGAUAAAUUCAGAUGCCACUACAUACCCACAGGUGGCACCGUUGACCACAAGCUACAGCGAUGCCUUAACGGCUGCUUUAGCUGAUACGCCAGGUAUUAAAAUAGCUCCAGUGCCGGUGCCGUUGCCGCCGACUACCUCGAUUCCUUUUAGCUAUGGUGCUGCCAAUGUCGAUACGAGCAGCCUGGCUGGUACUACCAAUGGUUUUGAUUUUGGCCUUGGCAAUGGCGGUGCCGGUGGCUCUUUAUUUAAUUAUGGUUUUUACGAGGCAACACCCUCAUUGACUCAAAAUCUUAACCUCAACCUCAACGGCAACUGCAAUCACAUUAACAACAAUGCAAUAUUAUUUUCAACGUCAACAGCGUCGUCAACGUUGGGCAACUGUAAGCUGGAAAAUAACAAUAAUAUGCCUUGGGUAAAUCCGGAAGCCGCAUCGUCGUCGAAUCCAUUCUUAUCGUAAACUAAAUUUUUUUUAAUGCGGAAAUUUUUAUUGGGCGGGUUUUAAAACAAUGAGCGCUACUCAGUUAGUGGAUUAAAGAGUUCUUUUUUUAUAUAUACACAUUUACGCAUACAAAAAUUAUGAGAAAGAGUAUAAAAUUAAUAUAAGUAUUAUAAUUGUAAUAAAUAUUUGAAGAGCCGUUGCAAUUGAGAGCUAGAUAGAAAGAGAGUGAGUUAGAUUGAGAGCAACGUGCUGGUGAGGGAGCGUAGUUUGGUGUGUGUGUGGCAACAGAGUAAAAUAAAACUAAUGCAGCUGUAAUGGCAGCUUAUUGGCGAAGGGUGAGCU